AUGUUAGCCUGGCUAAAAAAAUGUUCAAACCAACAAGAAGAACAUGAUCCAUUUUAUAAAUCAUUAUUUUAUUGGAGGAAACCAAAUAAAAAAUCUUUUAUCAAAAGUGAAUCACAUAUCGAUAUUCAUUCCAUUAUCAUCCCUACAAAACUCAAAACAUUUUUUCAAAAUGAUAACCCUGAAUAUUAUGAUAACACAACCAAAACCUUAAAACGAGGACAAAUGAUACCAUACCUAUUUUAUAGAUUACAAAAACUCAUAUUCAUAUGCGGAAUUCAGGAAAUUGUUGUAACAUUUCUUGAAAUCUAUGUGCCUACCGUGCCUUCUCAAUCUUACCCUUUGAGAAUAUUCAAUUAUCUUGUAAAUAUCGAUUCAUCUCAACUAUUCAUUUCUUAUUUUUAUGUGCUUUACUCUUAUAUAUAUGCUGGGUUUCUCUAUAUCAAUAUGAGUUGGUUAUAUGAGAUGGUUUUAUUGUGUUGUGCCCUGAUAUUCUGUGGAAUCUUACUUUACGAAGAUAUUAAUAAGGGAAAAAAUGUCAAAAUUAAAAAUGAUGAUCAAUUCUACAAAGGAUUAAUAGCAAUCAAGCGAUGGCUAAUUUCUUUUUUAUUUGAAACUCCUAUGUUAUUUGAUGUUCCUUACCUUUCAUCAAGCCCAAAAGAUUUUUGGAGCAAUAGGUGGCAACAAAUGUACCAUCAAAGUUUCACUGAACUAGCGUAUAAACCCACCUUCAAUUUUAUCUUCACUUCACUUAUUUCUUUAUUCUCUAAUAAUAAUUUUAAUUCUCACCUCUUCAAUUCAACUAAAGUCACAGAAAAGAGUGCUCGUUCAAAUUCUAUUAAAAAUAUAAUAUUUCUUAUAGCACAUUCAUCUGGUGUGUUAGCAGGUUUUUUUUUAAGCGGACUAUUUCACGAAUAUGUGAUUUUUGGUUUAUUUGGUGUUGUUAGCGGCGAACAAAUGGGAUUUUUUUUGUUUCAUGCAGUGGUUAUGAUUAUUUGGGAAGGUAUAGGAAUUUUGUUUGGAAAUAAACGGUUUAAGCGAAAGGUACUUGAUGAUAAAAAGGAUCGGGAAGAAAAGGACGAAAAAGAUCAAAUGACCAAAGAUCGUUCAUUCUAUAUAAAUGUUGGAAUAAGAAUACUACAAUUUAUAGUUUGGAAUUUUAUAUUGAUUUUUUCAACUCCUUGGAUGAUGGAACCUUAUAUUCGUCUUAGACUAUUUAAAUGUAUGCCUCAUUUAUAUUGUCUUAUCUAA